UCGACUCAGUCCAGGUAGCAGCAAGGGGCAGGUAGAGCGAACCGUCUAGCGAUCGGAAGGGGAAGGGGCACGAGGACCGGUACUUGUGCAAGCAGAAGCAAAAUCAGAAGCGAAUUGCAUUGUUGCCGAAUAGAGUGAGAGCAUGUCGUCAUCAUCGUCGUCAUCAUCGUCGCAGUCGCUGCCGUCGCAGCGGGACGACUUCUCGGCGUCCAACCCAACUGUGGAGGCGGCAGCUGUAUUGAGUGAUGGGACUGAGGGCGCAAUGGCGUCCGAGUCUGCAGUGUCUGUGCCUGCGCAGCCGGCAGAAGGCACGCGCGUGGCUGUGGACUUUGAAUACGGGAUCGAUGUGGGCGUGCAUGCCAUCCGCGGGGUGCGGCCGUCGAUGGAGGACCAUCACAUCAUCAUUCCGUUUGCGGCGGAGAGCGGCAGCGGACCGGUGGACCGCAACAUCAAGCCGCGCAUUGCGUUCUGCGGGGUGUAUGACGGACACGGCGGGAAGCGGGCAUCUGAGUAUGUGUCCAAGCACCUGCACAAUGUGAUUGCCACCUCGCAGCACUUUGCGCACCGCCGGAUCCGCGAGGCGAUCGAGGAGGGAUUUGCCAAGGUGGAAGAGGGGUGGAUGAGCAAGGCAUACGAGGGGAACAUGGAGGACGGGACGACCGCUGUUGUGGCGCUGCUAGUCAACAACCUGUUGUGGGUGGCAAACGUGGGCGACUCGGAGUGUGUGCUGGUGCGCAACGGUGCGCCGACGUGCCUCUCGAUUGUGCACAACGCCAAGACCAACCAUGCCGAGGAGGUGCGGGUGGUGCAGGCCGGCGGCCGGAUCCGGCGGUCGCGGCUGGUUCAUCCCAUCUGGGCCGUCCUCAACAUUGGAGUGACAAGGUCAAUCGGAGCGUCGUCGCUCAAGGCUGGGCCUAACACCGACGGCAAGCCCUCGGGUCUCAUUGCUGAGCCUGACAUCAACUGUGUCGAACUGACCCACGAGGACGAGUUCCUCAUCUUGGCCUGCGACGGCCUCUGGGACGUCCUCUCCUACCAGGACGCCGCCGAUUUUGUGUCGGCUGCUCUUGCCGACGGCGCUCCUGCCGCUGACAAGGGCUCGCUCGACAACAUCACCGCGCUGGUUGUUGUCUUUAACAUGGCCGGAGAGGUGGCGUCCGAGGCCGGCGCUUCUGCUGUGGAGGUUGCAGGCGCCGCCGACGACGAGGGGGCGACUAGCGGUGGCGCAGUGUCGGAGGCUGAUGAUGCGCCGUAA